ACAUAAAAUGACAACUAAAACUAUCUGGCAGCAUAACACAUGACACUAUCAUUAAUUUGUAUUGUCAUUCAGUCGAAUAAAAUUAAAUUUUGCAAAUAAUAAAAUGGAGUCAGCACCACAAAUUUUGGACGCAUCACCACAAUGGGCAACGCCCGUGCACAAGAAUGCCUUGAUGCAAACAAAGCUGAAAUUACCAGAAGAAAAUGCUGAACAUGAUUGGUUAAUGCAAGUUGUUCGCAAUAGGGAAGGUGAAGGAGUACCGCUUAAAAUGGGUAUGGAAUUGCAUGCCGCUGGAAAAGUUGGACGCCUCCCAUUUUUGCAUUCUAGCAAUAUGAUGCGUGAUGUCUUACUGGCGAGAGAUGAAAUGAUUGACUUCUCUGAUAUUCUCGGUCAUCCUGAAAACUUCGAAUUCCAGAAUCAGCCUCAUGCAACAGUCGAAAAGAUGAGUGAAAGUAAACAUAGCUAUUAAAAUGUAUUCUAAUGAAAAUAAUAAAGCUUUUUUCUAAAAUGCUUUGAAAUAUUA